AUGGAUAUGAACCAUUUGAUAGGUCAGCGUUUCAACUUGAUCUCCAAGAGUGAGAUUCGCUAUGUCGGUACCCUUCAUGAGAUCAACCCCGAGGCGUCCACGAUAGCACUCGAGAAUGUGCAGUCCUUCGGCACUGAGGGCCGCCGCAAGAACCCAGCGGAGGAGGUUCCUCCCUCUUCCACUGUCUACGAAUACAUUGUUUUCCGUGGCAGCGAUGUGAGCGACAUCAGCAUCGCCGACGAGGAGACUAAGGAGAACACACAGCAAGAGCCUCCUCGGGUUCCUGAUGACCCUGCUAUCCUUGGUAACAUGUCGCGACCUGGUCCUGUGCCGAAUCCUCCGAUGGGAUCUUCCGCCCCAGGCCUCCCUCCUCAACCAUCCUCACAACCCCCGCAGGGAGCUCAGCAGACGCCUCCCGGAUACCCCCCACAGCAGCCUUUCCCGCAGCAAGGAUUCUACCCACCCUAUGGACAACGCUUCAAUGGGCCCCCACCUCCGUUCCCUCCUGGCCCUGGUGGUCCUGGCGGCUUUCCCGGCAACAUGCCUUAUGGCGCUCCUCCUCCAGGCUGGUUCCCUCCUCCUGGCCAUGGCUUCCCUCCCGGAGGACCUGGCCAGUUCCCUCCCCAGAUGCCCCAUGGUACACCUGGACAACCACCUCAGCAGCGCCCAGGUCCUCCCGGUGUGCCCACUCCUCAGACUACGUCCGAGCUGCCCGGUGGAGACCAGAAGCCCACCAGCCGCAAUGCGACCCCCGCCGCUCAAAAUGCGCCCACUCCACCCGUUGAGUCUAAGCCUACUGUAGCGGAGGCCGUGCACGGAUCCGGACCUGCUGCCGCAGCUCAGAAGAGCGGCCGCGUUAUGCCAGCUAUCCCAAUGGCUGCGCCACGACCUGUCGCUCCUCCCCACAGUGUUGCUCCAGUCGAUGCCACCGCUGCAGCCUCUCAGGCCGUUGCGGCAGCGAUGGCCAAGCUGCCUCAGCCCGGUGCUCAGAAGAAGCCCGGCCAGGAUGCCUCGGUUGACGCUCUUUCUCGCAAGAUGAACGAUAUGCAACCCUACGGUGGUCCUCGUGCUCCUCGCGGUGGUCACCAACAGCACCAGCAGCACCCGCAUCACCCUCACCACCCCCAGCAUCAGCAUCAGCAGCACCCUCGUGGCGGUCGUGGCGGCGUUCGCGCUCCAUCCAAGAAGAUCGAAGUUCCCGAGUCCGACUAUGACUUUGCGACUGCCAAUGCCAAGUUCAACAAGCAGGAUCUGAUCAAGGAGGCUAUUGCCACCGGGUCCCCUGCCGCUGACGCCGAGUCCCACGAUGUUGCCCACCAGCCCGAGGCUGAGGUCAAUGAUCCUGCAGCCGCAACUUCCCACAACCUUUACAAUCGCUCUGCCUCUUUCUUCGACAACAUCUCCAGUGAGGCUCGUGACCGCGAGGAGAACACCAACCGCGUUGGCGGCCGUGAAUGGCGCGGUGAGGAGGAGAAGCGCAACAUUGAAACCUUUGGCCAAGGUAGCGUUGACGGCUAUCGUGGCCGUGGACGUGGCGGCUAUGGUCGUGGUGGACGCGGUGGCCGUGGCUAUGGAGGUCGCGGUCGCGGCUUCAACAACAACCGUGGCUAUGGUGGCCGUGGUGGUUCUCGCGGCGGUCGUCCUCCUUCGCAAUCCACCGGCGUGCCCUCGCAGGUUUAA